AUGCAUUUCUCAUCGAUCGGAGCGUUGUGUAUUCCUCUGGCUGCAGACGCACAGUUGUUGGGUGGCAGCAUUGGAAACCUGCUGAACAGCCUUGCACCCGCUCCUAAAGAUGAUCUUCGUUUCAAGAACUUUCAUCCUCCUGGUUCUGGAGAUGUUCGCAGCCCUUGCCCGGGCUUGAAUGCUCUCGCGAACCACAACUUCAUUCCUCAUGAUGGAAAGAACAACACCAUCCCAGUCCUCCUUAAAGGCCUAGCCGAGGGCCUAAACAUGGGCGCCGACUUCACCGUCGCAGUCGGUGGCGCCGGCCUUCUCUCCAGCAACGACCCUCUCAGUGGCGGUUUCGACUUGAACGACCUUGACGAACACUCCUUCCCCAUCGAGCACGAUGCAAGUCUCAGCCGACAAGAUUUCUACUUCGGCGAUGACCACAGCUUCUACGCUCCCAACUGGAACAGCGUCGUGUCGCAGUUCCACGGAAGCAAGACAGACCUGAAGACUGCCGCCAAAGCGAAGUACUCCCGGGUCCAGGAUAGCGAGAAGAGAAACCCGACCUUCACAUACGGCAUCCGCGAGUUCAUCUUCUCCUACGGUGAAACAGCCAUCUACCUACAGACAAUGAACAGGCCCUCCGCCAACGGCGUGGCUGAAGUUGACUACGUUGAUGUGCUGUUCCGCGAGGAGAGGCUGCCGUACAAGGAGGGCUGGCGAGUCAGCCCCGAACCUAUAACGCUUGCCUCGCUCGGUGAGCAGGUCUUCGAGCUUUACUCUGUUUCUCCCGAGCCAGCUCCAGAGGGGGCUCAAGUGACGAAGGACUCGCUGAAGGAUGCUAUCAUUGCUGUGAGUGUGCUCUUCUAUCGAAGUUUGUGGUCUUGGUUAAACGAAACGUAUGCUGAUACAACGACAGGUGAUUGGAUCUGCGAAGUUCUUCUCAGAAUUGACGGACGACAUCUGCAGCGCUGUUGGCCUUUGCUGAACGACACUCGCAGCGUAGACGACAUGUGA